UGUUUUAAAUCUUUAAUCUCAGCUAAUACUAAUAACCAGAAACUCCAUUCAUAUCUCCCUCAUUUCCUUCCUCCUUUUCAGCAAUGGCUAACGCCCUACAAACUUCUUUCCUUCCAUCCACUUCCUCCCUUCGCCGGACCCCCAUUUUAGGAUCUAAAGGGAAGUCCCAAGCCCUUCAAGUUAAGGCCAAGAUACGAGAGAUUUUCAUGCCGGCACUCAGCUCCACAAUGACGGAAGGUAAGAUCGUGUCCUGGAUGAAGUCCGAAGGAGACAAGUUAUCGAAAGGGGACAGUGUUGUUGUCGUGGAAUCCGACAAGGCUGACAUGGACGUCGAGAGUUUCCACGAAGGAUUCCUCGCCGCCAUCAUGGUGGAGGAAGGCGGCGUCGCUCCCGUCGGUUCUGCCAUCGCCCUCCUCGCUGAGACCGAAGACGAGAUCGCUGAAGCCAAAGCCAAAUCACAGUCUUCUUCUAGUAGCGGUCAUAAGGCAGUAGAAGAACAGCCAAAGCAAAUUGAAGUGGCAGCUCCGGAUGUUCCUGCAGCCGCUCCUGUUGCUGCUCCUCCCGCGGUUUCGGCCUCGAAGUAUGUGGCUUUGGGGUCUGCUGUGCAUCCGGCUUCGGAAGGAGGGAAGAGGAUAGUGGCCUCGCCAUAUGCCAAGAAAUUGGCGAAGGAGUUGAAGGUGGAUUUGGGGACAGUAGUGGGGACUGGACCCAAUGGGAGGAUUGUGGCUAAGGACGUGGAGGCAGCGGCCUCAGUGGGUACAACGGAUGCGGCAGAAGGUACAGUUGCUGCCUCUCCGGCGAAGCCGGCUCCAGUGGCUCCUGGGAUUGAAUUGGGAAAAGUGGUUCCUUUUACUACAAUGCAGGGUGCUGUGAGUAGGAACAUGGUUGAGAGUUUGUCAGUGCCUACUUUCAGAGUUGGGUACACCAUCACAACAAAUGCACUUGAUGCCUUGUACAAAAAGAUCAAGUCCAAGGGCGUAACGAUGACAGCAUUGCUUGCGAAGGCAACCGCACUUGCAUUGGCUCAACAUCCUGUAGUUAAUUCCAGUUGUAGGGAUGGUAACAGCUUUACUUAUAACAGUAGCAUCAAUAUUGCUGUUGCUGUAGCUAUAGAUGGAGGGUUGAUUACACCAGUUCUACAAGAUGCUGAUAAGGUUGACAUUUAUACAUUGUCAAGAAAGUGGAAAGAGUUGGUUGAUAAGGCACGGGCCAAGCAGCUGCAACAUCAUGAAUAUAGUACAGGUACUUUCACCCUGUCUAACCUUGGGAUGUUUGGUGUGGAUCGGUUUGAUGCCAUUCUGCCACCUGGAACCGGAGCAAUUAUGGCAGUUGGUGCUUCUCAGCCUACUGUCGUAGCUUGCAAGGAUGGCCGUAUUGGCAUGGAGAACCAGAUGCAGGUAAAUGUUACGGCAGAUCAUCGAGUUAUCUACGGUGCUGAUCUGGCUGCAUUCUUGCAAACCCUGGCUAAGAUUGUUGAGGAUCCUAAAGAUCUUACCUUCUAGUCAGAUGUUCCUUCCGCACAGUGAUGUCGUUACCGCCAUAUUUGCUCCCGAGGUUCAUGCUCUUCAAAACACUCAUACUAUGUUGAAACACACUUGAGAUACAUAAUGUAGGUGUUCCAGUUGAGAAUUUACCCAUGCCAAUGGUUA